AUGGACGACCGCGGCUUCAUUCUGGACGGUCAUGCCACGGCGCGAGAUGUGUACAGUACCCUUCACGGCGAUGAGAUUCGCACCUUGUUGCUUGCCCCUGGCAAGAAUACCCCGAUCGUCUGCGAAUUGCAGGUAAUACCAUCUCCGAGCAGCGCCCAGUUCGAGGCGCUCUCAUAUGUCUGGGGCGACACCGCCAAAUCCAACGCCAUUUCGUGCAACGGCUUCGAGUUUACUGUCACCGAGUCGUUAUAUACAGCUCUCACUCACUUGCGAUACCCGGAUUCGUGGAGACGGCUUUGGGUGGACCAGCUGUGUAUCAACCAGCUCGAAGAUCACGAGUUGAUGAAGCAAGUUGCCAUGAUGGGCAAACUUUACUCUUCUGCGUGCCGGGUGAUCGUCUGGCUCGGGAUGUACGACCAAAAGAUGUCAUUUGCCUUCGACCUGGUUCAGGAGACUUCGUUGAGUUCAAGUCUCGUCCGCUCCGACUUUCUUCACUCGUCUUCAGGGCCGUCGACGCCUCGAAGGAAGUCGCUACCGCCACGGAACACGCCACGAUCAGCGGGCUUCUCAAGACGCUCCAGCCGUGCCUCGAGCUCACGAGAGAGCCUUACCAGCCUUUCAGCAUCAACCUCCAGCCUCGAUAGCCACUCUUACCAGGCCUCACGACCGAAGAACCGGCGAAACAAUACACCUCCUGCGCUGAAACAUGCACUGUCAAUCUUCCAGCACGUCUACUUCUCGAGAAAAUGGACGUUUCAGGAGAUCAUUCUGGCCAAAGCAGCAAUCAUCUGCUGCGGCGACCUCGAAAUGGCAUGGAGCGAUCUGUCUCUAUGGUACUUCCACUAUGCGUCCAAGCUUCGCAGUUCCAGCCUGCUGUACGACUCCGAUGGCGCCUUUGAGAACAUCCUGAAAGUCCGAAAUGAACUCGACAAGGGCACCCUGACACUGAGCAACCUGCUCAUGCUCACCAGACCGAGGCUAAGCACCAAGCCGGAGGAUGCGGUCUACGCUUUGCUCGGCUUGGUGCCUGAUCUGGUGCCGUCGUUGAAUCGCACCUUCGAUGCCAUCGCAUCUUCGGGAGAAGAAGAUCUUUUCAGACUCUACUUGGAGGUCUUCCGACAUUGCAUCGACAAAGAGCAGGAUCUGGCGAUCUUGAGCGCUGCCGGGAGAUAUAGGGGCAAUGUUCAAGCAGGAAAUUGGCCCGGUUGGCUUCCAGACUGGAGGCAGAAACUGCCAUUGCGACCAUUGGUUCUCAACAAUCCCACGACGCUUGGUCCAGAGUCUGCUUUCGACGAGGAAGUGCCUUUCAGCUCCUCAACUCCAUCGGAACGGGUCCAGCCACUACUCUACAAGCUGCACUUCGACCCUGCAAUGCUGCCUCUAUCGUCACGCCGAUUGUCCAUGGUCGUUACCGGGGUGCGUCUCGGCUGCAUUGUCACACGUCCACUCGCGUGGCCUGGAUCAUUCCUGGUCGCUGACUCAUUGGGCCGGUCCGCAUUGGAAGAUGUCUUCGCCAUGGGUGAAGACAAAUAUUCGCAACCACUCGCUUCCCUGGCUCCCUCGUUCACGACGCUGCUACAUCAGUCCCAGACGGUGAGAGGAUCGAAGGUGGAGCAGAACUACUCUGCGAAGUUGAUUCAGUCUUCACUCGAAGCUGGGGCUCGAUGUUGCGCCGUCCGAACAUCUGCCAUGGUUGAAACUGGAGAUUUGAUCUGUGCAUUCACAGGUGGGAAGGUGCUGUUCGCAAUACGCCCUCUCCAAGGGGAGCGCAACUCAGGUCGCAACCAUGUUGUCAAGCGUGGCCCCAGAGGAAAGAGGAAGCUACAAGGCUCUUCGACCCGGACAGCCACGUCUUCAUCCGCCGACGCGCCUCACUGGUCCCUCAAAUGCCUCUUCCUAGGGGAAUGCGCCGUGCACGGGCUGAAUCCAGCGGAGCUGUUGGGACAUCAGGUAGACGAAGAGGAGAUGAUGGAGUUUGAAUUGACAUAG